AGUGACUAAAAAAACAACGCCUGAACGUCUUCGGAAAGUGUAAUUUCCGGUUCCGGUAAAGAAAGGCGCGGCGCUGCAUCUUGUCAUAAUGCCAAAAUCAAAGGAAGUGCUCUCUUCCACAUCUGGAAGUGACUCUGACAGUAAAGCGGAGAAGAAGGCGAAAAGAAAGAAGCCCAGUGUUCAAGAGAAACCAUCAAAGAAAGCAAAAGGUGGGGAGAGCUCUAAGCCAGGUGGCUCAUCCGGGGGCAGUGGUAACGGUGAUGACAACAUGUUCCAGAUUGGAAAGAUGAGGUAUGUCAGUGUGCGGGAGUUCAAAGGCAAAGUCCUGAUUGACAUCAGAGAGUACUGGAUGAAUGCAAAUGGGGAGAUGAAGCCGGGCAAGAAAGGUAUCUCCCUCAAUCCUGAACAAUGGAACCAGCUCAAGCACCAGAUGUCAGACAUUGAUGAUGCCAUGAAGAGAAUAUAAAUGCUCCUUUCCUGUGUUGCCUGUAGCCUACACUACUUUUUGUAAAACAAAAAGGAAAUAAAAAAUCGUGGGCUUGUUUUCUAAUGAACUUGUUUCAUUUGUAGUUGUAUAGAGCCAGUGGCUGUCUUGUGUGUGUAAUUCUGUUUUUUAUGUGUGACUUUCUUCUGAGCUGGUGUUAGUGAAAGUACCGGUGACUGAGCAGAAGGAGGAUGAUGGCUGGGGUAGGGGCUGCAUCAAUACACUGAUGUUUUUGUAUUAAAUGGUAAUAAAAAUUAGUAACUAAA